CCCACCCCGCAAAAGUCGCCACUUCUUUUAUUGGUUUUUCAGAAAGAUCGAUAUUAUCGAGAGCUAUGGCUACAGUUUCUGCGGGAGCUCUACUAUCAGCCAUACCUCUCUCUUUGGAUUCACUUCACUCUCCCAAAUUUGCUUCCCGUUCUCUUUCAAAUUGGUGUCUCAAGCCUCUUCCUCCCACUUUCGCCACAAAUUUCUCCUUCAAAUCGAGAAACAUUGCCUUCAAUGAAUCGCGUUUUCUUGUAAAAGCCACCGCAGAAGAUUUAUCCGCUGACGUCGGAGAGGUUUUAGGUGAUGUCAGCAUUUUCACUCCUGCCGGUGAGCCAGUGUUGUUCAAGGACCUCUGGGACCAGACCCAGGGAGUGGCUGUUGUUGCACUCUUGAGGCAUUUUGGGUGCCCUUUCUGUUGGGAGCUUGCUUUGGCAUUGAAAGAAGCCAAAGCAACAUUUGACCUUGCAGGCGUGAAAUUAAUUGCAGUUGGUGUAGGUAGUCCGAAUAAAGCUCAAAUACUUGCUGAACGAGUAUAUAAUCUGUUGGGCUUAUCUUAUGGUAUUAGCCGCACAUUCUUCAAUCCGGCCAAGGUGUUGACAAGAUUUGGGGCUCUGCAGAAAGCUGUAGAAAACUAUACCAUUAAAGGAACCCUAGAUGAUAUAAGAGGAAUAUUUCAACAGGGAGUGGCUGUUGUUGCACUCUUGCGGCAUUUUGGAUGCCCUUGCUGUUGGGAGCUUGCUUCAGCAUUGAAAGAAGCCAAAGCAACAUUUGACUCUGCAAGCGUGAAAUUAAUUGCAGUUGGUGUUGGUAGUCCGAAUAAAGCUCAAAUACUUGCUGAACGGUUACCUUUUCCAAUGGAUUGCCUUUAUGCUGAUCCUGACCGCAAGGCAUAUAAUCUGUUGGGCUUAUAUUUUGGUAUUGGCCGUACGUUCUUCAAUCCAGCAAGUGCUAAGGUAUUCUCAAGAUUAGGGGCUCUGCAGAAAGCUGUAGAAAACUAUACCAUUGAAGCCACCCCAGAUGAUAGAAGCGGUGUAUUGCAACAGGGAGGGAUGUUUGUAUUCAAAGGAAGAGAUUUGCUGUAUGCAUGGAGAGACGAAGGAACUGGUGAUCAUGCCCCUUUAGAUGAUAUCUUUCGUAUUUGCUGCAAGGUUCCUGCUUCAUGAAGUACAUAAUACUCAUCUCCCUGCAAGGUAAUAGUAAUAAGGGAUACUGUUGGUUUCUCGUUUUGCCUUUAUCUCCCACUUAUUGUUGUAAAUUUACAGUUAUGCUGUAGAUUCUAAUCAUAAGAACGAAACUAUUUGUACACAAAAAAUAAUAAUUUAGAAUCCUAGCUGAUAGGCUGUCUGAUAGAAUGUUGUGAGAAUAAAGUUUGGAUAAGUUUAAGUUGGCUUUUUUGAA